GAAACUUAGAGGGAGCGCUGGAAGGAGACAGACAGCCAGAGCAACAUACGUUCCUGAAUGUAAUAUUUUUCCUGCUCUAAGAAGGACUCGUUACAGCAAGAAAAUGGACCCAAUUUCUCUUCCGAUAGCUUCUCUCCUGGAGCCUGGGACACAAGAGCCUAAUAUCACGUCAUACAGAAAUUUCACCGAUAAUGGGACACUGGUGGAGCCUUCAGCUUCACGAAUGAGCUCUGUCCUUAUCUCUAUUAUUUAUUUGCUUGUUUGUGCCAUUGGACUCAGUGGCAACACAUUAGUCAUUUAUGUUGUCCUCCGUUAUGCCAAGAUGAAGACCGUCACCAACAUCUACAUCUUGAACCUGGCAGUGGCUGAUGUCUUAUUUAUGUUGGGACUGCCUUUUCUUGCUACCCAAAAUGCCAUCUCAUACUGGCCCUUUGGAACUUUCCUCUGCAGACUGGUGAUGACUGUGGACGGUAUAAACCAGUUCACCAGCAUCUUCUGCCUAACGGUCAUGAGCAUUGACCGUUACUUGGCCGUGGUUCACCCCAUUAGGUCUACUAAAUGGAGGAGACCCAGAGUGGCAAAACUCAUCAGCGCCACCGUUUGGACUGUUUCCUUUUUAGUUGUCUUACCAGUCAUCAUCUUCUCAGAUGUCCAGCAGGAUUUGAACACCUGCAACAUAAACUGGCCAGAACCAGUAAACAUUUGGUCUACUGCGUUUAUUAUCUACACUUCAGUGCUGGGCUUUUUUGGACCUCUGUUGGUGAUUUGCCUUUGCUAUCUUCUAAUUGUCAUUAAGGUGAAGUCUACUGGCCUUCGUGUAGGUUCCACCAGGCGCAGAAGAUCUGAACGUAAAGUAACAAGAAUGGUGGUCAUCAUCGUGGCCGUGUUUGUCUUCUGCUGGCUUCCAUUCUACAUCCUCAACAUUGUCAACCUAACUUUUAUAGUGCCAGAGGAGCCGGCGUACGUUGGGGUGUAUUUCUUUGUUGUCGUGUUGUCCUACGCCAACAGCUGCGCCAACCCGAUCCUCUAUGGUUUCCUUUCGGAUAAUUUCAAGCAGAGCUUUCAGAAGGUCCUCUGCCUUCGCAAAAGCAACGGCAUCAAGGAUGCAGACCUGACAGAGAACCGUCAAGAAAAGAGCAGUCGAAUACAGGAGACCAUGCUUACGUCUCGCAACUCGGAGUUCAAUGGGCAUAUGCAAACCAGCAAGGUCUGAAUGUUGUUUCAGUAUGUAAACAGCCACAGAGAAUUUGAGGCAAAUUUAUUCCAUUA